GCUUGUGGCUACCACAGAUCACACAAUAAAAAAGGAAAAAACAAUUUAAAAUCCUCUUGCAUGCUUUAGUUUAUUCAUUAUUUUCUUCAAAAGACUCAGUUGUUUUGGUGUUGAAUUCCUUCCUUUCUAUCCACAAGGAACAAUGUCAGCUAUGCUUGCAGGUACCUCCUCUGCCACUUUCACCACAAGGAGUAACCACUCCAUCAAAAACACUCACAUCAGACCUUCCAAGACACUCACUCCUCCAUGUCAGAAAACAUCUUUGCUAGGGCUCUCACUUCAUGAAGCCAAAAGGGGUGUUUCAGGAUCGUUCCUAGGUGACAACAAAAGUGGUUCCUCCUCCAUUGCUAGAAAGAGACUUGAGAUCACUGCAAGAACUGCUGGUGCUUCAAAGACAAUUGAAGCUGAGGUUGACAAGCCACUUGGUCUCACUUUAGGCCAAAAGAAUGGUGGCGGUGUUGUUAUAACGGCUGUUGAAGGUGGAGGGAAUGCAGCAAGAGCAGGGUUAAAGUCCGGGGACCAAGUUCUAUAUACUAGCAGUUUCUUUGGAGAUGAAUUAUGGCCAGCAGAUAAGCUUGGAUUCACGAAAACAGCAAUCAAUGCUAAGCCCGACUCUGUCUACUUUGUUGUCAGCAGAGGUGGUGCUGAUGUAGAUGUUAAAAGGCUUCCAAAACGUCCUGCUCCUCCUCGCUUCGGGAGAAAAUUGACCGAGACUCAAAAGGCUAGAGCUACUCACAUUUGCCUUGACUGCGGAUACAUAUACUUCUUACCAAAAUCUUUUGAUGACCAGCCGGACACAUAUAGUUGUCCUCAAUGUCAAGCACCAAAGAAGAGGUUUGCUGAGUAUGAUGUUAACACAGGAAGGGCUAUUGGUGGUGGAGGGUUGCCUCCUAUUGGAGUUAUUAUUGGACUUGUGGCUGGUUUAGGUGCUGCUGGAGCUUUGCUUGUUUUUGGUCUUCAGUGAUAUUUUAUACUAGUAUCAUUAUACAUUAGUUUUAUUGAUUUUCAUGACUCCAAAGAUAUGUCCAAUCUUGGAGUUUGUAUCUCAGAAACUCCUUUAUUGUAUGUGCAAAUUGAAGGCUUAUGUAUGAGAUUGAACAUUUGCUACAAAAUGAAUUGAGACUUUCUUAAAAA